AUGACAUUAAAGAAAAACAACUACUCCGUGCUCAAUAUCACGUUACUAUUAAAAAUGCCUCAGUUUUCACAAACCACGUUGACAUUAUCAGUGCACAAUUUCCCAAAAUGCCCCUCCCGUCAACAUCGAAGAAAGUGGCCGUGAUCGGCGCCGGAGCAGCCGGCUUAGUGGCGGCGCGUGAGCUUAAAAAGGAAGGUCACAAUGUGGAGGUGUUCGAGCGUAGUGCUCAGUUGGGUGGGUGCUGGGUUUACUCACCCGAGGUUGAGUCUGACCCGCUUGGACUCGACCCGACCCGAAAAGUCGUUGGGUCAAGCUUGUACGCUUCUCUCCGCACUAAUAUUCCUAGAGAAGCUAUGGGUUUUCGUGAUUUUCCCUUUUUUCCUACUGGCAAAGUUGACAGAGAUUCACGAAGGUUUCCAGGUCAUCAGGAGGUGUUGAGAUAUUUGGAAGAUUUUGCUUUUGAGUUUGGACUGAAUGAAUUAAUAAGUUACCAAACAGAGGUGAGGCAUGUUGGGUUGGAGACAGAUGGAAAGUGGAUGGUGAAAUAUAGGAGAGGUGGUGGAGAUGAGAGCAGUGAUGUGGCCAAAACUUACGAUGCUGUGGUUGUUUGCAACGGACAUUACACUGAACCACGAGUUGCUGAUAAUAUUCCUGGCAUUGACCUUUGGCCGGGGAGGCAAAUUCAUAGCCACAAUUAUCGUAUUCCAGAACCCUAUCAAGACCAGGUUGUUGUUUUGAUUGGGUUUUCUGCUAGUGCUAUUGAUAUCUGUAGGGAUAUCGCUGUAUCAGCCAAACAAGUCCAUGUAGCAACUAGGUCUGAAGCAGCAGGAAAAUUUCACAAAUUUGGAAAGCAACCUGUUUAUGACAACUUGUGGUUCCAUCCAAUGAUAGAAAAAGCCCAUGAAGAUGGUAGAGUAUCGUUUCAGGAUGGGAGUGUGGUUCUUGCAGAUGUUUUCCUCCAUUGCACCGGGUACAAGCAACAUUUCCCUUUUCUUCACACCAGUGGUGCCGUAAAUGUUGAUGAUAAUCGUGUGGGGCCGCUGUACAAGCAUGUGUUUCCUCCUGCAUUAGAUCCAGGAAUCUCUUUCAUUGGUGUGCCAUCAUUGGUUAUCCCGUUCUUCCUUUUCGAACUUCAAAGUAAGUGGGUAGCAGGCAUUUUAUCUGGGCGGAUAUCACUUCCAUCCAAAGAAAAGAUGAUGAAAGAUGUGGAAGCCUUCUACUCAGAACUGGAAGCUAAGGAAGUUCCAAAGCGUUACACACAUAGGAUCCAUGAUAUUAAGCGGUUCUUUGGGUCAUUUGAAUACGAGGAUUGGCUUGCUGCAGAAUGUGGCUGCCCACCCGCUGAGGAAUGGAGGAAGGGUAUGUUUUUUGGGACAUUCGUCCGCGUUAUUAAACAAAUAGAGACUUAUCGUGACGAAUGGGAUGAUGAAGACUUGGUUCUGCAAGCGUAUGAAGAUUUUAUGCAAUACUUAUCGGCUGAAAGCAGAGCUGCAAUUGCUGCUACAUUAUGAUUUAUAACUCUGUUUCAUUGAUGAAGAAUUGUAUUCAUUGUCUAAUCCUACUGGUUUAAAUUGCAAAGCCCAAGCACCCAAUAAAGAAUUACUACUACAAUAAGAGAAUGUAUAUGGUUGCACACUUGCACGAGAUUAGCAACCAUGCACAUUGUGGUCUUGGUUAGACGAUAUAAUAAAUAAAUAAUGGGUUUUUUUGCUACGUAGCAACCCCGUGUUUUUUCACUAUUCUAUGUUGUACCCCUUCUUUUGAAAGUUCCACACCAUACCCAUA